GGGCGGGCGGACGGACAGACAGACACGGUUUGUUAUGAAGGAAAGUCGGGCUGAGGGAGUGACGGUGCCGCGGGGAGAGGUGAAUGUGCUGAUCACUGUGCAAGGAGGCAAAUGUCAUAAAACCGAUUGGAAGACGUCAGAGAGGAAAGUAUGAAGCCCUGGAGACGGCGGCGUUUACGGUCGCUGGCGAUCGGCCGGGAGCCGCUCGGGGGGAGGUUUCAUGGCAGGUUCGGUCGCCAAGUGCCUUCUGCCGGUGUUUAAGUCCGAAGAGAACAGCUACCAGAGGAGUGGUGACCACAGGGAAGGCAUCGACGUGGGCAGCGGCGGCUCCUUCUGGAGCCAGACACGGGAUGGCGUGAUGUCGGCGAGGAGGAACGACAGCAGCCCGGCGGCUGCGGCGCCUUCCGACCCCGCCGAGAACAUGGAAGAGGAUGCGAUUCUUCGGCAACUCAACAGCCAGGUUUUGAUCAAACGCACCGAGGCACUUGAGACACUCCUUAUCAGCGUAAGGCAGAAUGCAGGCAGGGUGGUCUUUGCCAAGAAGAAGGAUCUUUUCUCAACUUUGAAUGAAGUGCUGGUGGACGGUAGAACAGAGGUCAAAGUGGCGUGCAUCCAGCUAAUAUCAGAAAUCAUUCAAGGAUCCGAUUCAGAUCUGGAUUACUUUCGGACUGCCGUGUUGCCCAACCUGAUAUGGAGUCUGCGGGAUGACAGCCCUAAUGUGCGCAAGGAGCUCAUAGAAACCUUGCAUGCAUAUUUAAAAUGUUCCAACAUCUCUAAGGACGUGUUCUGGGCUUUGAUAGAACAUGGACUAGAAAGCCAUGAUGCUACAGUUAGGAAAGCUGCGACUAUUGUUUUACCCAUCUUACUCACGAAGGAUUUGAAAAGUGACAAUUUAUUUGAUGUUACCCUUUGUUUAGCUAAAAAACUAAAUGGUAAUAGUAUGGACGACUCAUUCUUAGCCUUUGCUACCAUGGGGCAUAUCAAACGUCAUAUUGGCGAGGAAGAAUUCGACUCUUUCUUAAAACGUUUACCAUUGACUCUUAGAAGAGAUUAUAACAAAUUAAUGGAACUAAAGUAUGAGACGCAGCCCAAACCAAAUGGAAAUACUGUUCCUGAGCUGGAACAAAGUAGAAACUUUAGGACAAAUUCAGGAUUUCGUGGAAGAUCUAUUACUAAUAUGAAAGAUGUCCCCCUUUUUUCCAGAUCUGUUUCUGAAGACCAUAGCAACCUAGAAUUUCAAAUCAUUCCAAAGGAAUUGUAUGUUCGACUUCUGGACCGGGAAGAUUAUAAGAGUAGAACACAUGCUGUUGAAGAGCUAAAACAUGUAAUCAACAGCUUUAAUUUUAUGGCUCUGUCUUCUACAUCUCUUUUGAGUUUGAUUGGCUUUUUAAGUACUUUGCUUGAUGAUUCAAAUUUUAAAGUUGUACAUGGUACAUUAGAAAUUAUCAACUUGCUGGUAGUUAAGCUAAAUCAUGGUGUGAUAAAUUAUCUUAAACCCAUUACGUUUGCAACAAUAAAAGUGCUCGGUGACAAUAAAAUUGUAACCAAACAGGAAUAUAUGAAAGUCUACAUGGGUUUAAUGAAGCAGGUUCGACCUCAAAAAAUACUUGAUAUUUUGCUUGACAAUAUAAAACACAAAAAUUCCAGAGUUCGUGAGGAAAUACUAAACAUCGUAAUUGCUUCACUUUUAACGUUUCCAAGUGAAGACUUUAAUUUGCCCAAUCUUUGUCAAGUUGUUGCUCCAACAUUGACUGACUCCAAGAGAAGGGUACGACAUGCUGCAUUGGAGGCAUUUGCUGUAUUAGCUUCAUCUUUUGGUUCUAACAAGACAUUUUUGAUUAAAGCAGUGGAUACUGUAGAAUUACAGGAAGAUGGGGAUGGAGUAAUGGCAGCCAUACAAGCAAGACUAUCAAGGCGAACUCUGCCAAAAAUAACUCCUCAAGGGCUUGUGGAAUACGCAAUACCUCUACCAUCUUCUGCUCAUGGUAGAGGAUUUCCGGUUCCAUUAGGAGCAGAUACUGAAUGGCUGCUGGCUAGUGGAAGAACUCAGAGUGCCCACAGUUAUCACGGUGAACAUGAGCCUCCGCCUUUGGGAUAUGGAUCACCCAGCCCCAAUAUAGAUGAAUAUACCUCAUUCAGAAGAGUAUUAAGUGCUGGCCGAGGAAAGAACAAAUUACCAUGGGAAUGCGCAAGCUCAACCUGCAGGGGAUCUGGUCAACAAACUGGGUUUUCCAACGCUACUCCUGCAGAGCAGGUUCAACUGCCCAAUGAUGUGCAGCAGUCUCCAAAACCAAGAAGCAGUCAAGCAAUGCAAGCUGCUGAUGAAGUGUUUUUUGCCAGACAACCUAAUGUCGGAAGUACAAACUUUGAGAAUAAUUCGACCAUCCCAACCAAAUCUGGGUUUGGGGAACCAGUUCAGACUAAACCUGGAAAUAGAAGAAUACCAGUCUGCUCCUCCAGAAUGUUAAAUGCACAAAGUCUUAGUGUAGACUCUGACUUGCAGCUUUUAGGUAUUGGAAACCAUUUGCCACAAGACAAAGUUCGUUCCAGCUUGGCUCUUUCCUGCAAGAACCAUCUUCUCUACAGUCCAAUGACGACUGAAGCUGCUGCAUUUUCAACUUCCAGCUCUAGCCAAGGAACUCGUUAUCUUCCAUCUUUCCCGUUAUCAACAGCAACACGACUUAACCAUAUCUCUACACUCGAAGGAUCCUCAAAGAAAUUGCAAAAACAAUGUGUUAAUUUUUCAAACUCAUGGCCUACAAAACAUUUUGAUGGGACUUCUCAGGCCAAUUCACGAAAGUUAACUAACCAAUUAUCUGAAGAUUUGCUCAUCUUUGGAGACAGCUCGCAAGACAAUCGUUCUCCUAUAUCACUCAAACCUGCACUGGUGCGGUCACCAUCAUCUCGGAGAGAUCUUAACACGUCAAAGCCUGUUCCUCCCAUUCCAAGAGGUACGAGUCCAAUGGUUGAAACAGAAGUACUUGAUUUUGAUAAUAAGAAAGAAACACAUGGAGCAGAUUCUGAGGAGACAUGGGAAGAAGAAAAAAGCAUUGAUAAAAAUCUGGAACUGAAUCUUUCCUUGUUGGAUAACAAUGAAGAUGAAACAGAUCUCGAAGAGAUGAUGAGUGCCCUCAGGUCACUAAGAAACAGUGCUGCAAAGAAAAGAGCCAAAUUGAGCAAUGGUGCAUCUGAUAUUGAGAGUCCAGAUUCCGCCCUUAAACUGGAACUUGGUUUAGAUUCCACAUCACGUACUUCAUCACCUUAUACAAGCACAUACAGUGAAAGUGACAUUUCUUUCAUUUCCCCUUUGCCUUGUAGCAAGAAAAUUAUGUCUGAUGGUUGUGUUCAGAUAGGAUCUAAAGCAUGCCAUGGUCGCAUGCCAUCAGGAAAGUCCAAGCUGCCUCCAGUGGAAUACAACUCCAACUCAGGAGCGACCUUCCAUGAUAGAACCACCUCUGAUGUGAGUAUUGUUGGACAACGCAUGACUUAUGGAAAUGGAAUCUCAUAUUUGGAAGAGGAGAAACAAAAUGAAAUGUCUCAGGUUGCCUCAAAAUUGCAAUCCAAAGAGCAUCAAAAAAAUAUCAGUAAUAAACCUGCAAAAGGAUCUACCAUCAACAUGCAACAAGUGGCUAAUCACGAGAUCAAUUCGGGAAAUGAACUCCACGAGGACUCUGUGGUGAUAGUAGGAAAAGGUGUCUUUGGAGGUCCCCGGUCAGUUCCUGUAGCACACAACCAAGCUAUCACCCCAUCUAAUGGUGGGGAUGAUAUGUGUGACCGAAGGCCAGCAAUGGAUCUUCCUUCAGGAAUCUAUGGAAGGGCUGUACAUCAGAAUAGUCAAACUGAUCUUGAUAAUGUAGAAAGUGAAAGAGAGAUCUCCAUGUCAAAAUCAGCUCGGAAUAAAAUGAAGCAAAGGAAACAGGCAGGUGCUCAACAGUGUCAAGCGGAAGAACAAAAAAAACAUAAUUCCAAAGAUCCUGUAAAAAGGGAAGAAGGAUUACAUGAAAGAUUAAGGCCUACAGAUCCAGACAAAGCUGGAACUGAAAGGUUGGAUAUUGGUGGUGAAGUUUUCCUUACAUUGAAAACUGAUUCUUCACCUGUGGAAGUAUCUACUCCAAAUCCUUCACAAUUCAAACAUUGCAGCAGUGUGAAGAAAAGUCAAGUUUCCUGCUCACCAAAUUCUGGAAGAGGGAACUCUCCAGGUUGCAGAAUAUCACACAGAGAUCAAACACAUUCACUUUUGCCAAGUUCAGAGCUUACAGAUCCAUGGGAAGCAAGACCUUUCUCCAAACCAGACUUGGCACUAUCAGAAGCUCUGAAACUCGUAUCCGAUGAAGAUUGGGAGAAAAAAAUUGAAGGCAUCAAUUGUAUUCGAUGUUUGUCUGCAUACCACUCGGAUGUGUUAACAACAAGAUUGCAUGAAGCAGUCUUUGCUGUUGUUCAAGAGGUGAAAAAUCUUCGUUCUGGUGUUUCAAGAGUAGCACUGCUCUGCUUGGGAGACAUGUUCACAGUAUUCAAAAAGAAUAUGGAUCAAGAACUGGAUGUUACUGUUAAAAUCCUUUUACAUAAAGCAAGUGAAUCAAGUGCCUUCAUACGGGAGGAUGUGGACAAAGCACUGAAUACAAUGAUCAUCUCUGUUACUCCAGCACGAGCAAUUUCAUCCUUAAUAAAUGGUGGAUUAAACCACCUUAAUGCUGUGGUCAGAAAAUGUACUGCACAACAUCUUGCCAAUGUAGUGGAGCGAAUGGGAACAGGUCGGCUUUUAUCUGGAAUUAAAGAUAUAACUGAUCGACUCAUACUUGCAGUAGCAAAAUUUGCACAAGAUGGAUUACAAGAAACAAGAUACUAUGGACGCAAGAUGUUGUCGAUCUUGAUGUCUCAUCAUGAUUUUGACAAAGUGCUUGAAAAGCUUUUAUCACCCAGGGACCUUCCUUACAUUCGAGAUACUGUCAAUAAUCUCCGUCAAAAGGGCCUUGGAGAAAUGCCAUUAGAUACCCCAUCCGCGAAGAGCAGACGGCAUACUGGUAGUGGAAGUAUGCGAGCUUCAUCUUGCUCCAGGGAGGUACAAAGUUUAACAGGAAGGGAUAUCAUAGAAGCAGUGAAUUUGCGUGAUUAUACUUGGAAACCAUCUCCACGAAAUAUGAUGGAAAAUGCAGAAUAUAUGACGGAAAUAACUGGCCUUUUGGGUGCAAAGGACUUUCGGGAUCGUAUCCGAGGGAUUGAACAGUUAUUAUCGGAUUGUCAAAACAACCAGGAACUUGUUAUAGUUAACAUUGUUAAGAUAUUUGAUGCCUUCAAACCACGAUUGCAUGACUUCAACAGCAAGGUGAAUCAUAUGGCUUUAGAAACUAUGCAGAAAAUAAUCCCCUUACUGAAGAAUAAUCUUGUUCAGAUUUUGAAUAUACUCAUUCCUGCUAUUGUAGACAAUAAUCUGAAUUCUAAGAAUCUUGGAAUUUACAAUGCUGCCGUCAGUGUCAUUCACACCAUGAUUCAACAUAUAGAUAACUUACAACUACUUCAACAUUUCUGCAACAAAGCUCAAUUCCUGAAUGGAAAAGCCAAACGAGACAUGACUGAGAAGCUUGCAGAUCUGGUACCAGACGUAUAUAUGCGGAAACCUCAAAUUGUCGAACAAAAGGUUUUACCGGUUUUGUGGCAUCUUCUGGGAAAUAUGACAAACAGUGGUUCACUUCCUGGCAGUGGGGGAAACAUUCGUAUUGCUGCAGCUAAAUUGGCAAAAGUUCUGUUUGGACACAUGGGUCAAAGAUUAAUUGAUCAAGCUCCAACUCAGCUGCCACAGAUUUCAAAGACCUUACAAGGCCUGUUAGAUUCCACUCCCUGAAACCAGAAAGUAGCUUCAGUGACAUUUUUAGUGAAAAUAAGAGGGAUUAUAUACAAAUGUUCCUAUGUAUCUGCACUUUUUCACAUAUCAAAGAUUUUUUAGGACUGGAACAAAUCUCUGCUCAUAUGAUGGAAGUUGUAAUUGGAUUCUAAAUCUUGUAACUGUUGCAAUAUACAGUUUGGUUUCUGCAGUGGCCAUGAGCAACAUUUACACUAAAAUCACUGCAGCUAAUUUUGCACUUCUGUACAGUAGAAUCUAAGGCAUGUAACACUAUAUCACUGUAUGGAAAUUGUCAUUUAUUUUAAAGAUGUAGUGCACAUCAAAUAUAUAUGUUUCUAUAUUUGUAAUCAAGUGUAUAGUGUUAACUAAUAUACCUACUGAUCUGUAUUUAAGGCUAUGUUUCUAUAUCAUUGAAAACUGGGAGCGGGAAGAAUAUAAUUGGUAGAAUGUCUUGGCUGGCGGAGUUGAAUCAAUCAAUGGUUAUUUUAUAUUAGUUCUUCAAGAUGAAAGUGUUGAUCUCUCCAAUUGUGUAUUGUACAGUUACGUUUUCUCUUGAUUGUACAUUAUUUCAUUAGCUUGAAAGCUAAACAUAAAAUCCUAUUUUGCAUUGUGUUUAAAAUAUGUUAACAAGGCAUGACCAAGAUCCCUGCAAGAAAAAUAUUUUUGUUACACAUUCUAAUGUAUACACAGUUGUCUUAAAGCAACAGUGAUAAAUGUAUAUUCCAUAUUUUUCAGCAUACAACAAAUCUCGCUUUUAACUACAAAUCUGUGAAAUAAUUACACUAAAUUCCAUUUAUGUGAAUGUACACACUGUUGACAAUAGUGCCAGUACUCUUGUGCAGGCAAACAUACCUGAUUUUAGGCAAAAUAUUUAAAGGAAGUAAAUGACUUUAUUUGUUUAAA